GGCGGGGCGUGCCUCCUGAGGACGGGCGCACUCCUUCCCCCUCCGUCCUCCUCUGUUUGUGCCCCCAGCGCUCUGAGUGCGUCCUCUAUCAGGCCGGCGCUUGGUCUUUUUGCAUUGGAGUAGGACUUCCCAUUGCGAACGGAUAGAGAAAGUGGAGCCCGACCCCGCGUUUCCCAGCGGAGGAAACGGGCGUAGACACGCGUGUCGGGAUAAUGCAAUGGCCCAACAAAGAGUCCUCCCUCAGAGCAAAGAGACCCUCCUUCAGUCCUACAACAAGAGACUGAAAGAUGAUAUCAAGUCAAUCAUGGAUAAUUUCACUGAGAUCAUAAAAACAGCCAAGAUUGAAGAUGAAACUCAGGUGUCUCGGGCAACUCAGGGUGAGCAGGACAAUUAUGAAAUGCAUGUUAGAGCUGCCAAUAUUGUGCGUGCUGGAGAAUCCCUGAUGAAGCUCGUGUCUGAUCUCAAGCAAUUUCUCAUCCUCAAUGACUUUCCCUCAGUGAAUGAAGCCAUCGAUCAGCGCAACCAGCAGCUUCGGGGACUGCAGGAUGAGUGUGAUAAGAAGCUCAUUUCCCUUCGGGAUGAGAUUUCCAUUGAUUUGUAUGAGCUGGAGGAAGAGUAUUACUCGUCCAGCUACAGUCUUUGCGACACAAUUGAUCUGCCCCUGUGUGAAGCCUACUGGAGGCAGGACCUCACUUCAUUCUCCCCUGAUGGCCUCCCUGCACCUCUGCUAGUGUCUCCUGCAGAGCCUGGCACAGCCCCUCUGCAGGGGACCACACCAGUGCUCCCUCACGUCAACGGACCUGGCCCUGGUCCCACAGAGCAUGCCUGACCAGGAUCCAGUCGUGAUGCUGUCAAAGGUGCUUGCCGCUGACUCCAGCUACCACAGCCAACAGCUGUCCUUUUGGGCACAGGGUGCCACUUGGAGAGCAACACGUUAGUAUUUCAGUCUGAGACUUCCCUCUCCUUGUUCCCUCUCUCCUUCAGCCUCAGGGAUAGAUUCCAGGUGCCCAGACUAUCCGCUAAAUUACCCUUUCUUUUCUUGGGCCUAACCUUUCUUGGGUAAAAAUCACCUUUUUCCUGAAAUUAGAGUUAAACCAUAGGUAUUUUGGGAGAGGGUUAGGGAAUUUGUUAGCCUGAGCAUAGCAUUAGGCAGAGCACUAAUUAUUUCCUAAUAAUUUCCCAACACUUUGAGUUGGGAAAACUAGGCUGCAUCCUCAGCUGUUCAGGAGACCGUUAUUCAUGAAGUCUUCCUCUUCCUCCACUCUAGCUAAUUUGAGAACAGUAGAGUUUAUGAGGAAGAUAGCUCUGGAGUUCAUCCUACACUCAGAAGUGUGAGUGUGAGUGAGUGUGAGUGAGUGUGUGUGUGUGUGUGUGUGUGUGUGUGUGUGUAAGUAAGGGGUGGGGGACCAUGAAUACUUAGAUCUAUAAAUAGAUAUAGAAAAAAAGUGGCAUUAACUUAAGCAGCACACAUAAAAGCCACAUUUAAAACUGACUUUUGUGGGGCAGAUUUAGCUACUGUAAAUGAGAAAACCAGCUUCAUCUCACAAGAUAAAUACUUGACAUGGUCACUUUUUCCAUGGGAAGUUCUACAUUAAAGGUGACUUGAAAUGUUGCUGUUUCCUGGAUCUUAGGUGAACAGAGGGACUGGAUUACACUGUCAUGUACCAUUAAUUUCCUACAGUGAUUCUUUAUUUUUGUAAGUAGAAUGUUGAAUAAAUAAAUCAUGGACCUUUGGUGAUUUGUCUUGAAAAAUAUCAACUCACAAGUUGGGAGAGUAUGCCUGUUUGUCCUCUAACAUCAGAGGUGCACUUAGGACCUUGGGAGGGGAGCAGAAAAGAAAAUAACUUUUCCACUGUAUCAUCUGGUGAAGAAAGAAUGGGUGAUACUUAGUUAUCUGAAGGGAAGGGGCUCAGUCAACAAUAAAAUAAAAAUAAGUGCCUGCUAUGUGCCACAUACUGAUAAAGACUGGGGAUUCAAAGAAGGGAAAAGAUAACUGAUCUUACGGAGCUUACAUUCUGGAUGAUAUAAAUUAGGAGACUGGUUCUAAAAAAAAAAUUAUUGAACAUAGAAUGUUAGAACUAGAAAGAGCCUUGAGCUUAUCUAUUGACUAAAUUCAGUCCAAGCCA